UGUGCCGUAUAAUUUAUUCCUGUAGAGCAGUAUUAUACUUUUUGCAAACUGUUAUAAAUAAUUGUGCCACGUUGAACGGCUAAAAGCAAUAACGUUACACAUUUCACAUAUAAUAUAGUCACAAGCUCUCAUUUUGUAUUUUGUACUGUAGCUUUUCGUUGUUUUGCGUUGAAUUAUACUGUAGCUUUGCACAAAAUAGCCUGUAAUCGUUUGCUCUGAAGAAACGCGUUUAUUUAGCUGAAAAUUCAACCUCGUGAUUUGGAAAUGUGACUUCAUUAUUCAGUAUUUGAUUGAAUCUAGUUAAUCUGCAGUUUGCUUUUGAGUUAUCGAGAAAAACAUAAAAGCCGACUAAACCUUCGGAGUUGCCCCAACAUCGGCAAUCGGGGUUUCAGUUAAGUUCUCUUGAGCAAGGUUGACAAGCUGACGAAAGUUGGGCUUAUCAAUUUGUGUGUACUAAUUGGAUGGUUAUAAUGGGCGUUGUCUGAAGCAAAUAUUGACGGUUUUUGACUAGCCUUCAUUUAACAACGGGCUUCAAACUUCGGGAGCAGGAACAAAUCGGACUGGAAAAUCGACUGACUUAACUAGCCAAAUUGUAACUCUACAUUGGGCGAAAUUACAGUCAGUAACCAAAGAUGGCAAAAAUUUGAGGAAUAAGCUCAUUUUUCCCCAAAACCUUAGAGUCCCCUCUGUCUUGCCUUGUAAUUAAAUUUCCCAUCAAUAAGUUACAUUAUACGUUAGAGGCAUUAAUUGUUGUUUAAUUUGUGGCAUCUGAAAUAGCGGAAGAUAAUUUGUUCGAAUUUAUAGUUUCGAUUGCAAUUUGAAUAUCUGACAUCUUCUUAGAGCAAUAUUGAUUACCUGCAAUAGUUCGCAUUGAAAUUGAAAUCACAUUCAACAUAACUGAUUAAAAAUUGAAUGAAACAGAAUUUUGCGAGUGAGUACUACGAAUUCCUAGUUAACAGCGCGACACCGUUCGUUCUUUUGACAUUGAGUCAUGCUGGAAACCUCGGGACGAGCGGACGGGCGCGAUACAUCCCCGGGAUUGCGAUUGCUGGCUGAUGCUCGAUUAGCAGAAAGUGCAAUGGGAACGGGAGCAGCAGCGGGAGUGACGCCUAACAACGAGAUCAGUUUGGGUGCGGUUGCUAGAGGAUCCGGAGGAAAAGUUGGAAGUCCAGAUACUACUUUUCAACUGGAUGAAGACGCGGUGCAGACGAUGAGGACCGAUGACCCGGUGAUACUGAGAACUAAAAAGAGAAGGUCGAGACGAAAAAGACUAUCAGAGAGUCUCUCUCAGCCCAGAUUUUCAGACAACUACCGAUGCAAUGGUGAAAAUUUUCUGGGCUGUGGCUCUUACGGAAGUGUGUACACUUGCAGCUCCCUUCGAUCCAGCGAACGCUCCAAGAGUAGGACCAACAGUCAAUCAGUAAACCUGGAUGGAGAGGGAACCCUCGGGGGCGGAGGAAGCAACGGCAGCAGUCGACAGGGAAGGGGUAGUGGUCAAGCAUUGGGGGCACAGUUGGAGCAGGAGGAGGGGGAGGAGUUUGCUGUUAAAGUGAUUGACAAGAAAGGACACAGUCGCACUCGUCUGUUCAGUGAGAUGGAGAUUCUGCACCAGUGCAAAGACCAGCCAAACAUCGUGCAGAUGCUGGACUUCUACGAAGAGGACCAAAUGUUCUUCCUGAUCUUCGAGAAGAUGAACGGGGGUGCGUUAGUAGACCACUUGAACAAUGGACCCAUCUCCGAGAGGGACGCCAGUCUGGUCACUCGGGACAUCGCCACCGCCCUCGCAUUUCUGCACUCUAAAGGAAUUGCCCACCGAGAUUUGAAGCCGGCUAAUGUCCUCUGCGAGUACGCCCACUCAAUCGCGCCUGUCAAGAUCUGUGACUUCGAUCUGGCCUCGGCACCCUGGAUCAGGGAGGCGACAUCUCUAACGAACUACAGUCCAGACUCUAUCGAUCUUGUGUCUCCGGUUGGAUCGGCUGAAUAUAUGGCUCCCGAGGUGGUCAGUGUGUUCCUUGGAUCCAGUGAUGCGACAUCCUACGACAAGCGAUGUGAUUUGUGGAGUCUCGGAGUCAUUCUGUACAUCAUGCUAUGUGGCUACCCUCCCUUUGUUGGUCGAUGUGGAUACCCGUGCGGUUGGGAACAGGGUGAGAACUGUACCGAGUGUCAGUCGCUCCUGAUGGACGCAAUUUUAGAAGAAGAACUGACAUUCCCAUCCCAAGAGUGGAGCCGGGUGUCUCCGGCGGCAGUGGAGUUGGUCAAGGGACUGUUAGAGAGGGAUCCAGACAGAAGGAUGUCGGCAGAGGCAGUGUUGAACCAUGAGUGGCUCGAAAGUGCAAGUGUGAAAGCUUCCAACCCCAUCCCGCUGAAUGCUUCCAGGCGCAAGAUAAGUGCCAGUACUCCUGCACAGCUGAACGAAUAUCGAACUGGUCCUCUUGAAUCUUCCGAUCAGCGACAAGAUGACGAUGACAUCAACUGUUCUCCCGGUGAACGGCACCGUCUCGGAACGGAAGACUCGGGUUUUGGCGGUGAUGCCGUGCCAAAUGUUGUUGGAAUGCUCUUGGACGCCGCGACGGAGCCUGAAACUGAUUUCGCGACGAGUACUGCGAAUGGAACUUUGGUAGGCGGAUUGAAAAACAAGCGAAUGCCGUCAGAAAUGAGUGAUCAACAGUUCGAUAUGAGUGACGAUGAGAGUUUGUUCAGUUCCGGCUAUGGGGUGAGUCUGGAUCUUCCGAGCGGUGACCUUGCCGACGCGGCAUCAAUUCGGUCUAAAGGCCAUUUGGUCAAGACUUCAAGUUCCGAGACCGAUUUUGGCUUUGAAAGUGUGAACAAAAGUGAGAUUGAAAAUGAGAUGUCAAAAGCCGAGGCUGGCUCAGAACCUACAAAAGCAGCUUUACUAGUCAGUCUUGGAUUGCGAUCGAAAGGAGGCGAAUGUGCUAGAGUUGAUCCCGUUUCUUCAUUGUCGGAUGAUAUAGUCGGUGGAAUGCAUAUUCGUGGGGCAGGUGAUCGGAUGAUCAAUGAGCAAAAUGCGUUUGGGUUUGUUCCUGCUUCCAAAGCAACAGCUGGAGCCGAAGUGGGUUUGAAUGGUGCUGAAAAACGAAACCUAAAGCCAUCAUCUUAAUUAAUAUUGGGCAUUACUUCUCUUCCUUUUACCAGGCUUAAUGUUUAGUUUACUACAGGGAUUUACUAGAUGAUUAUGGCUUCAAGCGUUACGGUACAUAGUGUUGUUAUUACUAAUAUCAGCAAAACUUUCGGAGUAUCAUUUAGUCUGUCCUUAGUCGCAAAUUUGUUUUCUUUAGUUACUUGAUUUGUUUCAAAUAUGCCAAAAUGGAUGUUAAAUCUUUGAAAAGCAAAACAAAAAGAUUUUUUUUAAUGAAUCGGAUGUACUAUUAUUAGUUCUUCGUGUGAUUUCUUUCUUGUCCAUGCCUACGUACCUUAGAAUUAUUUAGUUGCGUUUAUUGUCCUGCUGAAAAAGUGAUGAAAAAACUUGUUAAACAUCUGAAAGUCACUCAGUGACCAUAAAAAUGAGCAUAUUGAUGAAACUGUAAGCAAAAAAUCUGAGUAAACUUCAGCCUUCUCGUUUGUUCUUAGACUAGACUAGACUCGUUAUUACUUUUUUUUGGAAUGUAUAUUAGAAUUUUUUCGUCUCGUUCUCAACUUUUGAAGUUAAUUUUCGGUCCCUUCGUUUUUUGAGCCUUGUGUGUGCGGUUGUUUUAUCUGAAGACAAAAACCGCACAGUCUUGAUUUCCUGAUCCUUACUCCUAUUUCAUUUGAAAACAGCAGAAGCAGCUUGAGUUGUCAUUGCUAUGGAUGUGUUAUUGGGAAAUAGAGUGUCCCGAAUUUUGUCCUUACUUUACUCUUCGUUGUUGCCGACUAGACUGUUACUAUCGACUCACUCGCCUCUUAUCGGUUCUUCAGUUAUCGAAAAGAACAGAAAAUGUACCAAACUAUAUCACUUGUUAUCAUUCAUUAGAUUAGCUGUUUCUUUAGUUACAAGUAGUUGUUUUAAAUCGUAGUUAAGAAAAACAGUUGCGUACUGUAAAUGUACGAGAAAAAUUACUUCACGUUAAGCGCAAUAAUUAGGGAGUUAAAAACGUGUUUUCUGAGCUUCGAAAAAUGUCUUGGAAAUGAAAAAGUCAUCAUCAGAUCUCAGAUCUUGCAUGCAUUGAUCCAGCCUUCAAUUUAGUUGACGUAAAGUUGAACCAUAAUGGGUUAUCCUUAAUCAGGUAGAAAUUUCUGUGCUAUUUGAACUUACGCCGAUUUUAUGGAGCUGACCUUACUUUAGCUUUUAGAACAAAAAGCAAUAUCAAAAGAUCAAAACAGCUGACCUUUAUUGUUGGUAUUACAAUAUAUUUUGCUAUACAAACAAUUAUUUUCCAUUGAGAUCAUUACUUAGACGCGUUUGUUACAACUGAUUACACUAUUAUAUUUACUAUUACACGAGAUCCUUUAGCUGCCGAAUGAAUCUUCAGUUCUCGCUCUUUGCAAUGAAGGGAGCUGGGAUUUAUUAGAAGUUUAAGCAUUUGACUCAAAGGCGAUGCUGAAUGACAAACAAAAAAACCAAAACUCAAACUGAAAAACUAGAAAAACUGAAAUUGAUGCGCAAAUGACGGCUGCGAUAGAUCAAAUCUAGUGUGGCCGUAACUUCUCAGGUAUUUGUUUGUCGGUGCGGUAAUUGAAGUCUGCCGUGAGCUUCUCUCCAAUGUUACAUAAUAUUUUGCACCGUUUCAAGGCUCAUAAUCAACCAUUGAUUCGAUCUUCGAAUUUCUAAUUAUAAGCAUACACUACAAAUUGCAAUCUAAAUUGCUAUUUGAGAAGCUAGAAGUAAACGGACUUGAAACGGUGUUUGAUUUACGCGGUUUCAAUGAAGUUCCUGAUAACACCUGGAACUGGGCUUAAAUACAAACGGUUGAACUGCAAAAUGGCUAUAUGUGAUCAAAAGAUGCUGUGAAUACCAUGCAGUGAAAUAAUAAUACCUACACUCAACACCCGUCACUCAAAGUGAUGUAAGAAUGAAAAAUUUUACUGGUUAUGAACAAAACAGUUAAAUGCAGGCCACGCUAUCACGGGUUUAUGUCAAAUUUUAUCCGCUAUCUUUCAAAAGUCAAACAUUAAUUUGAUGCUGAUGAUAUCUGGAUGCUAAAUUUGCUUUUGAUUAUGCUUAUUACAAGGCUGAAAGGCGACUAUUUGUGAAACAUCAAUCUUAAUAGAUAGCCGCAGGGUGUUUAAUAGUACCUUGAUAUGUACAUGUGACCGGUUCUAUAUUCAAAUGAUGGUAUCAAAUGUGCUGUGCUAAAUCGAUGAUAAUAGAUAAUCUAAAUCUUUAUCUAGUAAUGUAAAAUUGUAUGACUACGAAUCUACAAUUCAAAUGUUUUGGUGGCCAAUGUUUAUUUUGACGUUUUCCUAGAAGGUUAAAUUUUAAACUUUUUAUUUCA